CAGCAGCCGGAGCUGCCAAGCCCCAGGGCCACGGAGAUGUCGUCGUCGUCGCCGCCGCCGGGGGCUGCCAGCGCCGCCAUCUCGGCGGCGGAGAAAGUGGACGGCUUCACCCGGAAAUCGGUGCGCAAGGCGCAGAGGCAGAAGCGCUCGCAGGGCUCGUCGCAGUUCCGCAGCCAGGGCAGCCAGCCGGAGCUGCACCCUCUGCCCCAGCUCAAAGAUGCCACUUCAAAUGAACAACAAGAGCUUUUCUGUCAGAAGUUGCAGCAGUGUUGCAUACUGUUUGAUUUCAUGGACUCUGUUUCAGACUUGAAGAGCAAAGAAAUUAAAAGAGCAACAUUGAAUGAACUGGUUGAGUAUGUUUCAACUAAUCGUGGUGUAAUUGUUGAAUCAGCGUAUUCUGAUAUAGUAAAAAUGAUCAGUGCUAACAUCUUCCGAACUCUUCCUCCAAGUGAUAAUCCAGAUUUUGACCCAGAAGAGGAUGAACCCACGCUUGAGGCCUCUUGGCCUCACAUACAAUUGGUGUAUGAAUUCUUCUUAAGAUUUUUAGAGAGUCCUGACUUCCAGCCAAGCAUUGCAAAAAGAUACAUUGAUCAGAAAUUUGUACAACAGCUCCUGGAGCUUUUUGAUAGUGAAGAUCCCAGAGAACGUGACUUCCUGAAGACUGUUCUGCAUCGAAUUUAUGGGAAAUUUCUUGGAUUAAGAGCAUUCAUCAGAAAACAAAUUAACAACAUUUUCCUCAGGUUUAUAUAUGAAACAGAACAUUUCAAUGGUGUUGCUGAACUCCUUGAAAUAUUAGGAAGUAUUAUCAAUGGCUUUGCAUUGCCACUGAAAGCAGAACAUAAACAGUUUCUAAUGAAGGUUCUUAUUCCUAUGCAUACUGCGAAAGGAUUGGCUUUGUUUCAUGCUCAGCUAGCCUACUGUGUUGUACAGUUCCUGGAGAAAGAUACAACACUAACAGAACCAGUGAUCAGAGGAUUGCUAAAAUUUUGGCCAAAAACAUGCAGUCAGAAAGAGGUGAUGUUUUUAGGAGAAAUUGAAGAAAUCUUAGAUGUCAUUGAACCAACACAAUUCAAAAAAAUUGAAGAGCCCCUUUUUAAGCAAAUAUCCAAGUGUGUAUCCAGUUCUCAUUUUCAGGUUGCAGAAAGGGCAUUGUACUUCUGGAAUAAUGAAUAUAUUCUUAGUUUGAUUGAGGAGAAUAUUGAUAAAAUUCUGCCAAUUAUGUUUGGCAGUUUGUAUAAAAUCUCCAAAGAACACUGGAAUCCGACCAUUGUAGCACUGGUAUACAAUGUGCUGAAAACCCUCAUGGAGAUGAAUGGCAAGCUUUUCGAUGACCUUACUAGCUCAUACAAAGCUGAGAGACAAAGAGAGAAAAAGAAGGAAUUGGAACGUGAAGAAUUAUGGAAAAAAUUAGAGGAGCUAAAGCUAAAGAAAGCUCUAGAAAAGCAGAACAGUGCUUACAACAUGCACAGUAUUCUCAGCAAUACAAAUGAUGAAUAAAAAAAGCCUGCCACUUCUGCUGGAUAGGUGGCUUUGUACACUUUCUUGAAAUAUGUAAAAAUUAUGAAACAAACCUCAUCAGUAUAAUAUAAAAGGCCAAUUUUUUUCUGGCAACUGUAAAUGAAAAAAAUAUAUGGACUAAACAUAGCCCUGUGCUAUAUCGUGGCCACAGUAUAUUGUAGCUUUUGUCUAAUCAUUGAUUUGUGUCACUUCUAAAGUUUCACAGAAAUGAAUUGAACUUUAUCAUCUGAUACUGAGUGAAAUAAUUAUGGGAGUGGUAAGAAUUAUGACUUGAAUUCUUGUUUUGAUUGUGUUGCACAUAGAUAUAGUAAUCUGCUCUGUAUAUUUCCCCUUUUAUAAUGUGCUUUUCACAUUGCUGCAGACCUUAGUUACAUCCUAGGGAAAAGACUGUUUCCUAAAAAUAAAACUAAGGUGUAAUUCUUACCCUUCCCUUCACCUCUCCCAGACGUAUGAUGGAGGGAAUUACCUGCCCUAAGCCUUCCUUCAUUAGAGAUACUACUCUACUCUGGAAUUUGAGCAAAAACUUAAAUCUCCAGGCUUUUUAAAGCACAAAUUACAAGUAAAAGCUGGGAAAGUAAACCAGAUUCUUUAGAUUGACCCUCAUGAAUAUCCACCUGCAACUCCCCAGAGUGAUGAGCACAGAUGAGUGGAGGCAGUGCAGUGAACACUUGGCCUCUCAGUUCAUUCCUCCUCUUCCUCCCAAAGGCUGAAGGCAGGGCCUUUCCAGUCCUCACAGAGCACGCUGCCCUCUCCAGUCCCUCCUGACGCAGGGAUGCAGGCAGGCGUCGAGACCCACAGCGUGGUGAUGCGGAGCGCUCCUUGUCACUGCCUGGCUUUAUUUAAAGGAAGUGCAGUAGGCUUCUUCUGUAGGGCUCUGAAAAAGCUGCCUAUAGAGAGGCCGUGUAUGUUUUCACUUGGUGAGGUAUUUCUCACAUUUUGUUAUCAGAGUACCAUUCCAGUCUCUUACCUUGCAGUUGUGUGGAGAACUGUUUUGUAAUGAAAGCUCUUCAUUAGGGAUUGAGCAGCAUUUAAUAAAGUCUAUGUUUGUAUUUUG